AUGGCUGAACCAAUCAAAGUUGUUGUUACUGGGGCAGCAGGCCAAAUUGCCUAUUCACUUCUUUACCAAGUUGCAUCAGGUGCAGUAUUUGGCCCUGAACAACCAGUAUUCCUCCACCUCCUAGAUAUUGCUCCCAUGAUGGGAGUACUAGAAGGUGUUGUUAUGGAGCUAGCUGAUUGUGCUUUGCCUUUACUUGCUGGUGUGCUACCUACUGCCAACCCUGAGGAAGCAUUUAAGGAUGUUGCUGCUGCAUUUUUAGUUGGUGCUAUGCCAAGGAAGGAGGGCAUGGAGAGAAAAGACCUCCUAUCUGCCAAUGUACGCAUAUUCAAAGAACAAGGGCAGGCAUUGGAUAAGGUGGCACGCAAAGAUGUUAAAAUCCUUGUUGUAGGCAACCCAGCAAAUACCAAUGCUCUGAUUUGUUCAAAAUACGCCCCAUCGAUUCCCAAGGAAAACUUCACUGCCAUGACACGUCUCGACCAGAACCGUGCACAAGCCCAGUUGGCUGCUAAAUUGGGGGUUAAGGUACAGGAUGUUAAGAACGUCAUUAUCUGGGGAAACCACUCCUCCACACAGUUCCCAGAUGCAUCCAAUGCUGUUGUCACAAUUGGUGGUGCCCAGAAACCAGUACCUGCUGCAAUUAAUGAUGAUGAAUUCCUUAAAUCAACCUUUGUAACAACUGUACAAAAACGUGGAGCUGCUGUUAUUGCAGCAAGGAAAAUGUCUUCUGCCCUAUCAGCAGCUAAGGCUGCCUCAGACCAUAUGAGGGAUUGGUUCUUAGGUACUGGUGACCGUUGGGUUAGCAUGGGGGUUGUAUCUGAUGGUUCCUAUGGUACCCCACGAGAUGUGGUCUUCUCCUUCCCCGUCACAGUCAGUAAUGGAAAGUGGAAGAUUGUAGAAGGCCUAACUAUCUCAGACUUUGCACGUAAAAUGCUCGAUGCAACUGGCAAGGAGUUGGAUGAAGAAAAGAAUGACGCUAUGGAGGUGUGCAAGUAA